GUUAAAUUUUUCUGUGAUCUUGGUGGUCAUACUUUAAAUUUCCAAUUAACAUGUUGACAAGACCAAUGAUUAUCACAUGUCAGUGAGUUAGAACUGAUCAACAAUAAAGUGAAAAUGUUUCAUGAUUGAAUUAUUCGGUAGAUCCUAAAAAGAUAUCUAAAAUUCAAUAUUUUUACAACAAUGCAACAUCAAUAUUGGGUAACUAAAAAGAGUGUUCUAAGAAAAUUAGGUGGAAAGGAAGAUGAAUGCAUCGUGUCGUCUGAUGCCGAACUGGACGCUAAAUUGGAAUUAUUCAAAUCAAUUAAUGAAAGUUGUGCUCAGUUACAACGUGUUAUCGACCUAUAUCAAGAAAGAUUAUGUUAUUUAGCACAAGAGGAAAAUAUUCUUGGAAGAUACUUACGAGACUGUGGAAAAAAUGAAAAAAAUGCAUCAGCAGGACAGAUCAUGUCUACUUCAGGGAAAGCCCUGGCAUAUACUGGACAUCAAAGACUCACCAUUAGACCCUCCUUAGUGAGAUUACAUCAUGAACUUGAAACAUUCCGAAAUAGAGCCAUUACAGAUACAAGGGCUACAAUAGCAGAAAUGGAGAAAGCUAGGACCGAAUAUAGAGCAGCACUAAGUUGGAUGAAAUCUGUAUCAUCAGAAUUAGAUCCUGACACAGGACAUGGCUUAGAAAAAUUCAGAAAAGCUCAGUCUUAUGUUAAAAAAUCAAAAACAAAAUUUGAUAGGUUAACCCUUGCUUGUUUGCAAAAAGUAGAUCUACUUGCAGCUGCAAGGUGCAAUAUGUUUUCACAUAGCUUAGUUCCAUACCAAAGUGCAAUUGUAAAUUUUUCUACAAAGUCAUCAGAAACUUUAAGUACAGCUGCAACUAAAUUGGACACAGUGCAACCUUCGGAUACUUCAACCAUUAUGGAGUUAUUCAAUCCUUCUGAGGUAGAUAAAUCCAAAAAGACAUUUUUCAACUCGGAUUAUACAGAUGAACCACCAUUAAAUCAAACGACGAAAGAUGAAGGAUCUGAUUCAAACGUGAAAAAUGAAGAAUCUCGAGUUGGUGAUACAGCAGAUCUGCUUAAUGCUGCCUUUUUGAUUGAUUCCCCAACAGAACAAGCGCCAACUGCUGAUAAUGCUGAUAAAAAACCAAGUUCUGACUUAUUGGAUCUGAAUUGGUCAUCAAAUACGGAUUUUAUGGCUGGAGAUUUUAUGCCAUCAAAACUGAUGCAGGAAGAUUUCUUCAACAUUCCAAUGACUACAUCCAAAAAAGAAGAAAAUGUUCAGGAUUUAAAUAAUAUUUCUAAGAAAACAUUGCAAAACAACAUGACUAGCGAAAACAAGGUUUCUUGGUUAAGUCUUUUUGCCGAGUUAGAUCCUCUUGCAAAUCCAGCUCUAGAAAAUAACUCUGCUACUUCCGACAGAGUGUAAAGCAUGAUCUUUAAUUUAUAUUUAGAUAUUUAUGAAGAUGUGGAAAUUGUGGAAGAUUGUAACAGUUUUGCUUAUAUCACACAUAUAUUGUUUCAAAAAUUUCAUAAAAUUAGUUUCAAACCACAAUCAAAACAGAAGAUUUCGUAUACCCAAAAUUCAAAACGACUGAACUAUCAAAUUUUCCAAAUCAAAAUAAAUUCCUGGUUGUUAUACACUAAUAUACCAACCAACUUUUUGUGCCAAAAGUUUACGUGGAUUUUUGAGUUUGUAUGGUCGCAGUUUUGAAUUAUACACCAUUUUGAUAAUUUAAUAACUGAUUUAAUUAUAUAGAUAAAUUAUCAAUAGAAUAUAAAUAGCAACAACUGCACUCUCGACGUCAUAUAGUAGGAUAAAAACCAAAUAUAUAUACAAGUUUUUUUUUCUGACACAAUGAUCACGAAAUUCCUUGGUUCUGAUUAUUAAUGUUAACAUUGAGGUUAUUAAUUGAUUAUUUGUUAAAAGUACUUCCUAUUCCAGAAACUCUAAUUUUCUUUGUCUAAUUAACUUGGAAAAUUAACAAUAUAGAUUAUAUUUGAAAAUUACUCGUAAGUUUUUUUUAUUUUUUCGAAAAAAAAAUUGCUUUUUUCUGUUUCAAAUAUUACAGGAAAAUUGAAUGUAAAUAACUUGGAAACAAGAUCUGACCAAAAACUACUUUUCUGCCUAUAUGCUGUGAUGUCUACUGAACUAUGUGACUUCCAUAGACCUUUUUGUUGAUAUCGACAUUUCUAAUUGCUCGCAACUGCAGAUGUAUAAUCUGUUGAUUAGUUUCAAUCAUAUUGAAUCUCUUCCGAACGGUAUAAUAACCCUCCUGCUCAAAAGAUCUAAUCUCAACUAAGCUCUGCUAUUUACUUCAAUGGUAUAAAAACUUUUGUUCAGAAGCUCUAAUUCGAACUGAAGACAAUACUAUCUCUACUAUUUGGUUCAUAUUAUACACUCACAGACUCCUAACACUAAUUCCAAAUAAAUUUCACGGAUAUACGAGGUGCGUCCAUUGUAUUUUUAUUAUAUUCAAUGUAUGUUGUAUAACAGGAAAUUUUAUUUCAUAUUAUAGGAGAAAAUGGUUUGAAAUAUGGUACACAAAAUAGUGCCAUUAAUUAGUGGUUGGAUUAGAGCUUUUAAACGAUAUGAUACCAUCCUGAAGUGCUCAUAUAAAGAUCAUACCUCUAAAUAAAGCUGGGGUUAAGCUUCUUCCUUUCAGUACACUUUCUAUUGUUUCAAAUGAAAUCCAAAUUUCUUCUUAUUUAGAAAUUAAGUUGAAGAAUAUUUCAUUUACCACUUAUUACUUUUAUUUUUGCAUUUUUUCAAAUAUUUCUGAUAUUGACAAAUGGUUUAGUAUUUCUUAAAUAUCUCCCUUGAAUACUGCAUGGAAAACUGUAUGAGGUUUCCAUAUUUAACCUACUAUGGAUUUCUUAAAAACAGUCGUUAUUUUCAAUACAGUAUUUCAUUGAAUGUUUCAUACAAGUUUAACAAGAAACUUAAUCUUAUUAAAUUUAGUAAUUAUUAAUUAGAAGCAAGUAAGUUAUAACAUUCCAGUAAUUUCAAUUCCUGUUUUAUAAUCGUUUUUUGAGUAAUAUGUCGUUGCAUCACUUUUAUAUAGUUUAUUUUAAAUUUUGUAUAUUUUAUGUUUAUAAAUUGAAGACACCAUUUUAAGGGCCAAUAAAUAUCUAAAUAAAUGAAACUGGUUUAGCAUCAUACCAAAGAUAAUUUUUUAUGAUUAUAGAUUGAUUGUACUUAUAUUUAAUUUGUUUCAUUCUUAUAUUAGUCAUUUAUCAUUAUAUUAAAUAUAUACCUACACAAUGCAUGAUCAUUAUUUUGGAAAUAAUCCUUGUCCAGACCCAUACCAAAAAAAUCAUUUCGGUUUACGUUAUUUUUCAAAAUCACAGGUCUAUAUUUCUAUACAGAUCACAAAACUUUUUUUAUUCUAAAGCCAUAGUGCAUCGUGACUGAUAAAUGUAAAUAUAUAAAUUGAAAUAAAUUCCUGGAUAAAAUUAACGCACCACUAAUAUUUUUCUCGAUAUUCUUUAUUUAGUGAUAACUUAUUGUACAAGUAGGCCAUGGACCUUGUUUGACAAUGUUACUUAAGUUAACUAAAGUAUCAUAUAAUCUUUCUGACUGUAAUUCUUAUAAAACUUCGUUUUAGACUAAAAUUGUGUCGACAUUUUCUUAAAAUGGGCUUAUUAAAGCAAAGUUUCUGUUAGAAGCAAGAUGGUGAUUGUAAUUGUUGUUAAUACAUGCAUGUUUGGAAGUUCAUUUGGGAAUAUAUCAAAUAUCCCUGAAGA